CGGCGCGAGCAGGCACCCCCCUCCCCCGCGCGGCGCGCCGCCGGCCCCACCAUGGAGCCCGCCGUGUCGCUGGCCGUGUGCGCGCUGCUCUUCUUGCUCUGGGUCCGCGUGAAAGGGCUGGAGUUCGUGCUCAUCCACCAGCGCUGGGUGUUCGUGUGCCUCUUCCUCCUGCCGCUCUCGCUUAUCUUCGACAUCUACUACUACGUGCGUGCCUGGGUGGUGUUCAAGCUCAGCAGCGCGCCUCGGCUGCACGGGCAGCGCGUGCGGGACAUCCAGAAGCAGGUGCGGGAAUGGAAGGAGCAGGGCAGCAAGACUUUCAUGUGCACGGGACGCCCUGGCUGGCUCACUGUCUCGCUGCGGGUUGGGAAGUACAAGAAGACACACAAAAACAUCAUGAUCAACCUGAUGGACAUUCUGGAGGUGGACACCAAGAAACAGAUUGUCCGCGUGGAGCCCUUGGUGACCAUGGGUCAAGUGACUGCCCUGCUGACCUCCAUUGGCUGGACGCUGCCUGUGUUGCCCGAGCUCGAUGACCUCACAGUGGGGGGCUUGAUCAUGGGUACGGGCAUCGAGUCAUCAUCCCACAAGUACGGCCUGUUCCAACACAUCUGCACUGCCUAUGAGCUGGUCCUAGCCGAUGGCAGCUUUGUGCGAUGCACACCGUCGGAAAACUCAGACCUGUUCUACGCUGUGCCGUGGUCCUGUGGGACCCUGGGCUUCCUGGUGGCCGCCGAGAUCCGCAUCAUCCCCGCCAAGAAGUACAUCAGGCUUCGGUUUGAGCCGGUGUGGGGCCUGGAGGCUAUCUGCGACAAGUUCACCCGGGAGUCCCAGCGGCUAGAGAACCACUUCGUGGAAGGGCUGCUGUACUCCCUGGAUGAGGCUGUCAUCAUGACGGGGGUCAUGACAGACCAGGCAGAGCCCAGCAAGCUGAAUAGCAUUGGCAACUACUACAAGCCCUGGUUCUUCAAGCACGUGGAGAACUACCUGAAGACAAAGCGGGAGGGCCUGGAGUACAUUCCCCUGAGACAUUACUACCACCGCCACACGCGCAGCAUCUUCUGGGAGCUCCAGGACAUCAUCCCCUUUGGCAACAACCCUAUCUUCCGCUACCUCUUUGGUUGGAUGGUGCCUCCCAAGAUCUCCCUCCUGAAGCUGACCCAGGGCGAGACCCUGCGCAAGCUGUACGAGCAGCACCACGUGGUGCAGGACAUGCUGGUGCCCAUGAAGUGCCUGUCGCAGGCAGUGCACACCUUCCACAACGACAUCCAUGUCUACCCCAUCUGGCUGUGCCCGUUCAUCCUGCCCAGCCAGCCGGGCCUGGUGCACCCCAAGGGAGAUGAGGCCGAGCUCUAUGUUGACAUUGGAGCAUAUGGGGAGCCACGCGUGAAGCACUUUGAAGCCAGGUCGUGCAUGCGGCAGUUGGAGAAGUUCGUCCGAAGCGUGCAUGGGUUCCAGAUGCUGUAUGCCGACUGCUACAUGAGCCGCGAGGAGUUCUGGGAGAUGUUCGACGGCUCCCUAUACCACAGGCUGCGGGAGCGGCUCGGUUGCCAGGACGCCUUCCCUGAGGUGUACGACAAGAUCUGCAAGGCCGCCAGGCACUGAGCGUGGGCCCGCCCGGAAAGAGACAGACAUGUGGGUGGGCUCUGUCCCCAGGUCCAGGAGGCAUCUUCUCUUCACUCAAGCUUGACUGCUCUCCCAGAUCCACGCUUCCAGAAAGAACCCCCUCCAGAAAUCCCACGCGGACUGCCCCGAUGGCUAGCUCUGGCUCCCAGAGGCAGCCGAGUGGAGGGCAAAGGAUGUGGGCUCUGGAGUCAGACGUACCUGAGUCUCGUUCCCAGUUCAGCCCCUCGUGAGCUGUGUAACUCUGGGUGAGUCACUCAGCCCUUCCGGACCCAGCUGUCCACCUGGUGAAGGGGGUCACAGUGCCUGCCCGCAGGCCAUGGGCAUCGGGGUCCGGCGGCGGUCUGGCGGCAGGUGCUGAGGGCCGUAGCUGUGCUGACUCUGGCUUCCUGCUCAGCGCCAAGUCCAGGAAGGCCCCGCGUGAGGUCACCUGGGCGCAGUUCUGGCUGGAAGGGUGAGGGGAUGCUCCAGCGUCGCACCCGCCAUUGCUUCAGUCGGCCAGACGCACCCCUCACAGACAGACGGAAGGAAGGUUCCUCUCCCUCCCCAGGGUCUCCGGAGGGCAACAGAUGGGGCAGGCAGGCCCAAGACGUGCUGUGCCAAAGCCAGGUCCCAGUCCAAAGUUCCCUGUGCCGUCCUUGGUGACGCCCUGCCCCUUCCUCCUUCCGGCCCACCGCAGCCAUCACCCACGUCUCAGAGAGGACCGUGUCCUCGAAGACACUUCAUGGCUGCCUCCUGUCCCAGCCCAGGCGGUGUGGCUCCCGCUCUGACCUGGGGCUGGAGCACCUGCACCCAUCCUUGGCUCUCCGACCCUCUGUGCCUCUUUUGGGCCCCAGAGCCUGCCUAGUCACGGGGGGCGGGGGCUGCAUCUACACUGCUCUGCAGCCUGGGGU